UAACCCCAGAAGAGCUGCCCCAAGCAGAUCCUCUGCCUUUUCCAGCAGGAGCCACUGCCUUGCCCCCAGAAGAUCUAAGAUAUGGCACCCAAGAAGGCCAAGAGAAGGGCAGCAGCAGAAGGGAGCUCCAAUGUCUUCUCCAUGUUCGACCAGACUCAGAUCCAGGAGUUCAAGGAGGCUUUUACUGUAAUUGACCAGAACCGAGAUGGCAUUAUCGACAAGGAGGAUCUCCGGGACACCUUUGCAGCCAUGGGCCGUCUCAAUGUGAAGAAUGAGGAACUCGACGCCAUGAUGAAGGAAGCCAGUGGGCCCAUCAACUUCACCGUCUUCCUGACCAUGUUUGGGGAGAAGCUGAAGGGUGCGGACCCUGAGGAUGUGAUCACCGGAGCCUUCAAGGUCCUGGACCCAGAGGGCAAGGGCACCAUCAAGAAGCAGUUCCUGGAGGAGUUGCUCACCACACAGUGUGACAGAUUUUCCCAGGAGGAGAUCAAGAACAUGUGGGCAGCCUUCCCUCCAGAUGUGGGCGGCAACGUAGACUACAAGAACAUCUGCUAUGUCAUCACACACGGUGACGCUAAGGACCAGGAAUAGGGGACCCAAGGUCUCAGAAGACCUACAUAGGCAUCUAGCCUCCCCAACUCUCACCCGACCCCCAAUAAAACUCAACUGGUCUUUGUUUCUUA